AUGAACUCGUCCGACGUUUGCCAUAUCGUCAAAGACGUCCCUGGAUUGUAUGUUGAUGCAUUUCGGGGUAGACUGCUCCGAAAGACACAAGAUCCAACAGCAUGUUUCAUAUUGACACAUUAUCAUGGAGAUCACUACCAGAGUCUCCCAAGAGAAGGAAAAUAUGCAGGACCCGCAAUCAUUCAUUGCUCACCCGUCACAGCGGCGUUGCUAGAGGAGAUGCAUCAAGUCCAACCUGAUUUGGUGAAAAGUCACAAAUACGGCGAACCUUUUCAAUACAGAGUCAAGAGCAAAGGAGGAGACAAAGUACUGGCAAGCAUUACAUUUUAUGAUGCCAACCAUUGCCCUGGGGCUUGCAUUGUACUGAUCGAACUGCCGAAUGGACACUGUCAUGUCCAUACUGGUGAUAUGCGAUACCAUGAUAAGUUCAAGUCAUAUCCAUUGCUCAAGCAUCUUGCUGCCAAAAAGAAAGUUGAUUUGGUCUACUUGGACACGACGUACAGUCAUCCAAAGCAUGAUUUCGUGCCACAAGAGGAAGCAGUUGAAGCGAUUGCCUCACAAACAGCGGAGCUGCUUUCCUCGAGCUCAAAAACCUUAGUCAUGCUCUCCUGUUACUCGAUUGGUAAAGAGAAAGUCUUGUGGGAAGCAUCCAACAGGGCCAAUCAGAUGCUUUAUGUCAAUGAACGAAAGAUGAAAAUGCUCAAAUGUGUGCAGUUACACGAUUCACAAGAUGCCUAUCAGAUUAUCAAUCGAUGUACCGAGGAUGUAAAUAAGAGCGAUAUCCAUGUGAUACCCAUGGGAUUGGCUGGAGAAAUGUGGCCGUACUUUAGACCAAAUUUCGUCAAAUGCAAAGAGUAUGUCGAGAAGCUCGACAAGGAAUACGAAAAGGUGGUUGCAUUCCUUCCGACUGGCUGGGCAGAUGCUAGCAAUUGGAACAAGAAAAAUAGUGUCAGCAAAAAGGAUUUGGACUUGGAGAAUGGGAAACGUUUGCAAGUUGAAAUACGCCUGAUAAGCUAUUCCGAGCACUCUGCCUUUCGUGAAUUGAUCGAUUUUGUGCAAUUUCUUCGACCCCAAAAGGUGAUUCCAACGGUGUUCUCCGAUGAAGCAGACUGCCGUCGAAUCCAAGAUCGGUUCCGCCACCUCAUCGAUUCGACUCGGGCCAAGCAAGCUUUCUUCAAAUCCAUGAAUAGCAAGCUUGAAACGAAGCUCAAGGAGUCAUCAAAACACUUAACUAAGGCGAACGUCAUUAUGAAAGUUGAGGCGGAUGCACAGUCUGCACCCUCUCAAAUAUGCAUCGAGGAGGACGAUAUUGAGAUUGUUUGCGUGAAGCCAUCCACAGCAAAUCAACAAAUGCAGCAAAUAGAUCCGAAUUGCGACAACAGUAAAGUGAAAGAUCUUGUAGACAUGGGUUUCGAUUAUGGAAGAGCGAAAAGGAUCCUUGAUUGGAAUGGUGGCAACCUGAAUGCUGCUAUCAAUGCUCUCUUGGCAGGGGAAGGUGAAAUGGCACAAUCCACCCCUAGUCCACCGGCGAAGAAACAGCGCAAGUCGCCUCAAAUUACUAGCUUCUUUUCCAAGAAAACAACCUGA